AUGGAAUUUACAAUGAAACACACAUGGGAUGGUUUACCUGUGAGCCAUGAACUGGUAACAAUUGGGCUGAAGCUGGACCAUGCAGGAUGGCUAGUGGAAGUUAAUGCUCCACUAGCAGUGGAAGUUUAUGUGCGUGAGGAACAGGAAGUUGUAGAAGCAUUUUUCCUGAGUGACAGAACUGAACAGUAUUUAGAAGUUGAACCUCCUCUCCGUUGACAACACUUGGUGCUGCUGUUUUCUGGCAGAAGAAGAGUAUGGAAACUAAAAUUUCCUUUAGAGUUUGAGGUGAAAAUAAUGAAAAGGAAAUGGGAAGGUAAAGCUCAUCUUCUUUGGAAUUAUUUUCCAUCAUGCAUCAACAAGUUCGUUGUAUUUGCAAUUCAUGGCUCAGGAGAAGAGAGAAGAUAGCAACUGCUUCAUCCUGUGCCUCAACAUAAACUAUGGGAAGGCCAGAAACCAGAUUUUCAUCACCUGGAAUUUUUCAAAGAUUUGAACCUGAAAGGACUAAUGGGAGAAGAUUUGAACCAGCCUGAAUCAGAUCUCACUAAUUAA